AUGGCGGAAGAGUCCCCCGAGCUCCAGGCCGCUUUGCGGACCCUAGAUCGGGAAUUGGAGGAGGGCGAUAUCACCGAGAAAGGUGAUCCCGAGGAUAGGGACCAGCAGGGGGUUAAGCAAUCUAGAAAACUGACAACAACAAGAUAUCAAAAGCGCCGUACGGCCUUACUCUCGCAAUAUUUCGGCCCAAACAAACCUCUUGAGAUCAAUCCUCACGUCAACGCUGGCUAUGAUCCAUCUCCAACUAGCCCUGGAGUCGCCCCGUCGGCCAUUUUGAAUGUUCGCCCUCCAACCGCCGAAUCCUCGAUCCAUGGAAUAUCUUCUACCUACGCAGACGAUUACGAUGAUCACCGCAGCGGAAGCCUCGGAUAUAGCCAUGGCGCCAAUUCAGACCAGAAUCAAUCAAGGAAGCCCUCGGGGCCCCACGAGGGAGACCGUGCGGGCAUGCUCCAAGCAAGUGCUCAUGACCGAAUGCCUUCAUCGAGCUCCUACGACUCUUUAUUCCUGCCUAGGCCCCCGAUUCCAGGUUCUCAGGGCCCGGAUGGCUCCAGAACGGCAACUUUGAUGAGCCAGAAUUACGCCUUCAACCCUAACUCGCAACCAGAAUAUGUGUCCCAACCUGAGUAUGGUCAGACUGAGUACGCCCAAGCUGAGUAUCCUCCGGCCGAAUACGCUCAAUCCGAGUAUGUGGACGACGGAACGUUGUACUACGACCCUGCGUCUGGUGGUCCCACACGGCAGUCCACAAUGCUUGAUUCUCAACAAGGUUACUUCUCCGACUUUGCGGGUCAGCAGCAUGAUGAUUACAGAGAUAGCUAUGGGGGUGGUUUCCAUCGCUACUCUCAGUCCGGCGAAGCCUUUUCGCCUACAGCGAACAUGGCACCGCCAUUGAUCUCUGCGUCGGAAUUUCAGCAUGGACCGGCGAUUGAGCAUUUGCUCCCGCUUGAGCCUCGAGAGAUUCCUUUCGCAUUAAACGAUCCUCACGACAAGAACAUCCCAAUGUCUAACUUUGACAAUCUCCCCACAGUCUUGCGACACCGCGCUCGAGCUCACCCCAAGCAAGCGGCGUACUGGGUGCUGGAUCCAAAGGGCAAGGAAAUUGCGUCCAUUACCUGGGAAAAGCUAUCUACCCGCGCAGAGAAAGUUGCGCAAGUUAUUCGCGAUAAGAGUAACCUCUAUCGUGGAGACAGGGUUGCUCUCAUUUACCGCGAAGCUGAAAUUAUUGAGUUCGCUGUCGCGCUUCUGGGCUGCUUCAUCGCAGGAGUUGUAGCUGUGCCCAUCAAUAGUCUAGACGACUACACAAGUCUGAACCUGCUGCUCACCUCCACCCAAGCACACCUGGCUUUGACAACAGAGAACAACUUGAAGAAUUUCCAACGCGAUAUCACAGCACAGAAAUUGAGCUGGCCCAAAGGAGUCGAGUGGUGGAAGACGAAUGAAUUCGGCAGUUUCCACCCAAAGAAGAAGGACGACACGCCUCCUCUGCAGGUCCCCGAUCUGGCUUACAUUGAAUUCGCACGGGCUCCUACGGGUGAUAUGCGUGGUGUUGUGAUGAGCCACCGGACUAUCAUGCAUCAGAUGGCAUGCUUGAGCGCUAUAAUUUCCACAGUCCCCACAGAUGCCAGUGCCAGGCAAUAUGCGACCAAGGGUGAAACCAUUAUCAGUUAUCUCGACCCAAGACAAGGCAUCGGUAUGAUUAUAGCUAUCCUUUUCACUGUUUACGGUGGCCAUACGACGGUGUGGCACGAGGACCGCGCAGUAGAGACGCCUGGUCUUUACGCACAUCUCAUCACCAAGUACAAGGCGACAGUCAUGGCGACCGACUACUCUGGCUUAAAAAUCGCCACCUACAACUACCAGCAAGAUCCGAUGUCGACCAGACAUUUCAAAAAGAACUCGGAGCCUAAUUUCAGCAGUGUUAAAAUCUGUCUUAUCGAUACUCUUACUCUCGACCCCGAGUUCCACGAAAUUUUGGCCGACAGAUGGCUCCGUCCAAUGAGAAACCCACGCGCCAGAGAAAUUGUGGCACCAAUGCUUUGUUUGCCGGAACAUGGAGGUAUGGUUAUCAGUAUGCGUGAUUGGCUUGGUGGUGAAGAGCGGAUGGGAUGUUCUUUGACCCAUGAAAUGGACCCGGCUGGGCGCGAUGAGAAGAAGGAAGACGAGAGCCUCGUCAAGUCUGAGACCAACACUGGCUUUGGAAGCAGUCUUUUGGGCGGUGGAUCACGAGUCUCUGCCCCCAAGCAGAGCACCAAGAAUGAGCUUUGUGAGGUUCUUUUGGACAAAGAGGCGUUGAAGAGCAACGAAGUCGUCGUUUUAGCUAUGGGUGAAGAUGCCCGAAAGUAUGCCAGCAGUAUGCCACAUGCUGUGCGCGUUGGCGCCUUCGGCUAUCCAAUUCCCGAUGCAACUCUUGCCGUUGUUGACCCCGAAACCAAUCUCCUCUGCACACCCAAUGUUGUUGGAGAAAUUUGGGUUGACUCGCCGUCUCUUUCUGGUGGCUUCUGGGCAUUGCCCAAACACACAGAAGCUAUCUUUCAUGCCCGGCCCUACAAAUUUGAGGAGGCCAACCCAACACCGAUCCUCGUGGAGCCCGAGUUCCUGCGGACGGGUCUGCUUGGAUGUGUGAUUGAGGGCAGACUGUUCGUUCUCGGUCUCUAUGAGGACCGCCUCCGUCAAAAGGUGGAAUGGGUAGAGCACGGUCAAGAGAUUGUCGAGCACCGAUACUUCUUCGUCCAGCAUUUGACUGUCAGCAUUUUGAAGCAGGUGCCGAAAAUCCAUGAUUGCACUGCGUUCGAUGUAUUUGUGAACGAAGAACAUCUCCCAGUGAUUGUUCUGGAGUCUUAUUCGGCUUCAACUGCACCAACAACUUCUGGAGGCCCACCCAGACAGCUCGACUCAGUCCUGCUUGACUCGCUAGCAGACCGGUGUAUGGAAGUUUUGUACCAAGAGCAUCACCUCCGAGUGUACUGCGUUCUACUCACAGCUCCAAACACUCUGCCGCGUGUGACCAAGAACGGUAGACAAGAAAUCGGUAACAUGCUCUGUCGCAAGGAUUUCGAAUCUGGUAUGCUGCAAGCAGUGCAUGUCAAAUUCGGAGUCGAACGAUCAGUGAUGAAUCUUCCGGUCGGUGUUGAUCCCGAGGGAGGCAUCUGGUCCCCAGUUGCUCUGGCGUCGAGACAAGAUUUGCUUGCUUAUCAAGAGAAGCAAUACUCUGGCGUCGACUAUCGCGAUGUGGUUAUGGAUGACCGAACCUCCACUCCAUUGAACAACUUCAACACUAUUGUCGAUCUCCUUCACUGGCGAGUUUCCCGCCAGGCCGAAGAACUCGCUUAUUGCUCUAUCGAUGGCCGUGGAAAGGAAGGAAAAGGCAUCACUUGGAAAAAAUUCGACCUGAAGGUUUCAGCCGUGGCAACCUACCUUAAAAACAAGGUGAAGGUGCGACCAGGCGAUCAUCUCGUGCUGAUGUACACCCACUCGGAGGACUACAUUUACGCCGUUCAUGCUUGUUUCUGCUUGGGCGCUAUUGCUAUACCAAUGGCCCCUAUCGAUCAAAACCGUCUGUCAGAGGAUGCACCUGCAUUCCUACACAUCAUCAGUGAUUUCGGUGUCAAGGCCAUCAUCGUCAACACAGAUGUUGACCAUGUGAUGAGACAGAAGCUGGUCUCUCAGCACAUCAAGCAGUCCGCACAGGUCCUCCGAAUUGGUGUCCCUGCCAUCUACAAUACCACCAAGCCGUCGAAGCAGUCCCACGGCUGCCGCGAGCUUGGCUACACAGUGAAGGAUGCUUGGCUCCAGGCCGGAAAGCCCGCCCUGAUCUGGACUUACUGGACACCGGAUCAGCGAAGAAUCUCCGUCAACAUCUCCCACGAAACGAUCAUGGGCAUGUGCAAGGUUCAGAAGGAGACCUGUCAAAUGACAAGCUCAAGGCCAGUGCUUGGAAGUGUGCGCAGUACCCUGGGUCUCGGAUUCCUCCACACCUGCUUGAUGGGUAUAUUUGUUGGCGCCCCUACAUAUCUCGUCUCGCCUGUUGACUUUGCCACGAACCCCAUGACUCUCUUCGUAACUCUGGCUCGAUACAAGAUCAAGGAUACCUACGCCACCAGUCAGAUGUUGGAUUAUGCCAUGAGUGCCAUGGCUGGAAAGGGUUUCCAGCUGCAAGAAUUAAAGAAUCUGAUGAUCUCUUCUGAGAGUCGUCCCAGAGUGGAUAUCUAUGGGAAGGUCCGCUUGCAUUUCGCCAAUGCUAGUUUAGACCGUACGGCAAUCAACGUCGUUUAUUCACACGUUCUCAACCCCAUGGUCACCACACGAUCAUACAUGUGCAUUGAGCCGAUCGAGCUCUGGCUGGACCUGCGAAGCCUCCGCCAAGGCCUGAUUUACCCUGUUGAUCCCGACGCCGACCCAACCGCACUUUUGCUACAGGAUUCUGGUAUGGUACCGGUUAACACGCAGAUCGCGAUUGUGAAUCCAGAAACCUGUACCCUCGCUCAUGUUGGGGAGUACGGUGAGAUCUGGAUUCAGUCCGAUGCUUGUGCCCAAGGAUUUUACAAAUCCAAGCAAGAGUUCGACUCCGAGCGGUUGAAUGGCCGCGUUACGGAUGGCGAUCCGAGCGUGCCUUACGUUCGUACUGGUGACCUAGGUUUCCUUCACACUGUUACUCGGCCGAUUGGGCCUGGUGGUCAGCCGGUGGAGAUGCAAGUGCUAUUUCUUCUCGGUAGCAUUGGUGAGACUUUCGAGGUCAAUGGUCUUAACCACUUCCCUAUGGACAUUGAGAACUCUGUGGAAAGGUGUCAUCGCAACAUUGUGAAUGGAGGAUGUGCUAUUUUCCAAGCUGGUGGCUUAGUUGUAGUUGUUGUCGAGGUCACUCGAAAGGCCUACUUAGCCUCUCUUGUUCCCGUCAUCGUCGAUGCCAUCCUCAUGGAGCAUCAAGUCAUCGCUGACAUUGUCGCCUUUGUUUCUCAUGGCGAUUUCCCUCGCUCUCGCCUGGGUGAGAAGCAACGCGGAAAGGUUCUCGCCUCCUGGGUGACUCGGAAGCUACGCACCAUUGCUCAGUUCAGCAUUCGCGAUCUGGAAGGUUCGGAUAAUCCAUUUGGAGAAAUGCCUCAUCAUCGUUUGAGCAGGGUUUCCAAGCCUGGAAGCACCAUGGGCACUAGCAUCCGACAGUCUACCAUGAACCCAGACAUGGAGCCGGUCCCACACUCCCCAGCCGGCGUGACGCUGGAGGAAACGGUUCAUCCAUCAGCGACCUACCCUGCCGAGGGUUCUGGAUCUACGCGGCAUGACCUUGAGAACACCAACGACAAUAGCGUGAAAUCAACUCCCGUCCCCGAGCCCACCCCUGGUGUGCCUCAUAUCAAGGAGCCGCAGUCCGCGACCAUCGUCACCGAGUUCGACGAUCACCACUACGACACCCUGGAUCACCCCGAGGGAGUAGACGCCAGCCGUAACUUCCGCUUUAGCUUCGAGACGCCUCUCGAGACUCCUCCUUCACAGGGAUCUACCGGCGGUGAACAUCCCACAGCAGGACAUGGCUCACUUUCUAGUCAACAGCAAUGGGAAUACAACGGUGGCGGGCCAAUUGGCACGGCUCAAGCCGAACCCGGCCGUCCGCGUACGCAGGACAGUGGAGUGAUUGACGACUGGCCCCAAGAAGCUCUGAUGUACCAGUCAGCGCUCGGUGGAGAGGAUGGUCAUGGUCAUGAUCAUCACCCACCGGGUGGGCGAAAUCCAUAUUAUGGAACUGGGUACGGGGCUUAA